UUCACCAUGUAAAGAUUUACGCCUACAGAACAUCAAACUCAGCUACUGUCAGGCAACCGGCUUUUUUCACCUAGGAAAGUAUGACGUGACUGACUGGGGAGCUAGUAGUUGUUCUGGGGGGGUUUUCAGGAGCAUCCUACACGUUUUAUUUAAUUGCAACGAGGCAUCCUACGAGAGAACUCGAUGAUGAGUAAAAUGUCGCUAUAACUAUGCCUAUGAUAUUAAAAGCGUUUUUUUUUUCUUCGGUGCGGCAAGGUUUAUGUUUACCCGUGGUGAUGCGUCACCCAGCAGGUUAACUGUGUGUGGAAACAAGCGCUAAGGGCUGCUGUAUAGUUAUUAUCAGAAGCGAAGCAGUUGCGAAAUUCCGGUGCGGUUUAGCUGAGUACCAGUGCAGUUAACAGACAGGGCAGGGUACGGCAUGCCUCUGUGCCGGUAGCCGGGCAGGACUGUCAGAAUCCACCUGUUUCAUUUUUUAACGACCAAUUCGUUAUUUAAAUGUAAUUAUUAUGAAGUAACGUCACACGAAGAAUAAGACAUGGAAUGCCCGACAAAGAUGGACGGUAUUUUUGCUGACAUGUUAGAGGAGUUCAUGGGGAGCGCCCUCGUGACUUGGGUUCUUACGUUUGACGGUGUGAUUGAUGGAGAGGGACCCAUUUCUGCUCAGUACCUUGAAGUGAACUCCAGUACCCAGAAUUCCCAGAAGCAGUACCUGGAGCUCACCAAUGGAAUCUUCCUCAAUGAGGUUAUGAGGGUCAUUGACCCCAAUCCGAAGGUGGAACGAAUAUAUUGGGAAGAGAGCAACGAUGAGGUUCUAAGGGUCCAAAACUUCUCUGUUCUGAACCGACACCUGCGAUCCUAUUAUCAGGAGAACUUGCAGCAGUUAAUUUUGGUGCCCCUCCCGAACGUUGCUGUUUUGGGAAGAGACCCUCUCACAGAGGCGGCUCUGGAGGAGCUGAGGAACUUGCUGCUGCUGCUGCUGGGCUGUGCCGUGCAGUGUGAGAGGAAGGAGGAGUUUAUACAGAAAAUACAGGCUCUCGACAUAAAGACUCAGGCCGCCAUCGCCUCCUGCAUUCAGGAGGUGACCCAGAAUCCGAGCAAUGUGCUGCCCCUCCAGUGGGGGGAGCUGUGUACCCUGGAGACGAAUGAGCUGCAGAGUGUCUUCAGCUCCAUGGCUCAGCACAUCCAGAGCCUCCUGGCCCAGAGGGACACUCACCUUGAGCGGAUUGUGGAGCUUUGUCGGGAGCACGAUUCGGCCAGGGGACACGCCCCGGCGGUGACCCCAAACAGCCACCCUGAUGACGCGCCACAGGGGCUGGCUGUGCAGCUGGCAGACAGUCGCGCCAAACUGCGCCGGGUGCGGCAGGAGCUGGAGGACAAAGGAGAUCAGUUAUUGGACUACAAGCAGGAACUGCAGGCUAUGGAGGCAGAGCUUAACAAACUGCGUCAGGAGAACCGCGCACUGCAGGGAGAGCUGCGCGUAUCACGGGGUCUGCGCGACGAGCUCGACUGCCUGCGUGAGCGCGCAGCUAAGGCAGACCGGCUGCAGUCUGAGCUGCAGAACUGUGCCCACCGCCUGCGCAGUUUGGACCUGUACCGCACACAGCUGCAGGAGCAGCAGCAGUACUGCGCUACACUUCAGGAGACGCGGGCCCUGCUGGAGGAGCAGCUGGGGGAGACUCGGGCUCGAUGCUCCGGCCUCCGUGAGCUGGAAAGGGACAAUCUGCUGCUGCGCCAGAGGCUCAUCGACCUUGAGGCAGAGAAGGACAUGGAGCGGCACAGGGUGGAGGAGAUGCUGGAGAUGAACAUAAGCCUGGAAGCUGAGCUGAAGCGCAGCCAGAGCCGCAGGGCACAGCGCCCCCUUGUGGAGUCUGAUGAUGAGCUCGGGCACGAGAAUGAGCCAGUGAUCCCUUUGGCUCUGGAUGGCUUGGACCUGAAGCCCCUUAGCGAGGAAGUGAGUGAGGCAUCGUCCUGGAGACUGUUGGGGGCCGAGCAUGAGAACAUGGAACUGCGCAGGCGCCUGGAGCAGCUGCAGGCUGAGCGAGAGGCCUGCGCAGACUGGUCAGACCCUGCGCAGGCGUCUUCGGCUGAUCUGCUGGAGGAGAAGGAGAAACUGAAGGGAGAGCUUCAUAGAGAGACAGACAGACUGAUCACACUGGAGAGUAAACACCAGGACGUGGUGAAGGAGCUCCAGAACCUGAAGGAUGAAAACAAAGGCCUGAAAAUCAAGUUGGAGUCAAUGAGCGUGCAAAAGCGGGGUGAGGAAGGAGGAGGUCAAGGGAAAGCAGAGAAAGGGCUCCCCAGGGAGGUGGGAGAAGGAGGCCAGGAGGUGGAGGAACUGGCAUUCAAGAAAGAGGAGCCAGGGAAGGAGAGAGAAGCAGGAGGUGCAACAAAGGGGGUGGGGAUGACACGUGAAGAUGGGGAAGGAGAGGAAGUGAUGAGUUUGAAAGAGAAGAGAGAAGAGGUGAAGAGGGCGAGAGAGGACCGGGAGGAGUUGCAGGAAAUCUCCAAAAAAAGAGAAGAUGGAGAAGGAGAGAAGGAGGUGGACAGAACCAACAGACUGAUAGAAAAGAGAGACGAGGACAGAGAGGGGGAGGUGCAAAGGACUAAAGGGAGCAUAGAAGGACUGAGGGAGGCUGGACGGCUCACAGAGCGAGAGAGGACGGAGGGUGAGGAGCAACAGGAGAUGCAGGCAGAAAGCGAGGAGGCCGAUGGGGAGCUCUCCUCCCUGGCCCUGCAGCUGCAGCUGGCCCUCCAGGAGGUGGCGCAGCAGAGCCAGGAGGCCGAGAGGCAGGCCAGCUUGGUCCAUGAGCUGCGCGCCAAGCUGGCAGAGCAGAAUCGCAGGGCCACCAGCGCCGAGCAGCGACUGAGCGUGUUGGAGGUAGAGGUGCAGCGGCUAAGGAAGGCUGGCGAGGGCCUGCUCCAGGCCAGGAAGCAGAUCGAGGCCCUGCAGUCAGAGUCCGAGCAGGCCGAUGAGGAGCUGAUGCGCCUGCGGGCGCAGCUGGAGCUGCAGAGGCUGGAGGGGGCUGUGGCUGCGCAGCUGCAGGGGGAGCGAGCACAGCUGGAGCGGGAGAGAGACUGCCUGCGCUCCACCAUCGACUCGCUCCGUGCCGCUGCCCGCAAGGGCGACCAGCUGGAACUGGCCAACCAGGCGCUGAAGGCAGAGCUAGAGAGGCUGAGCCGCAGCUUGGAAGCAUCGCGGCGGCGGGAGGAGGAGCUCCAGGCGGAGUUGCGGGAGGCGGGCCUAGAGGCGGAGGCCCUGGGGCGCCGGCGAGAUGAGGCCACACUGGAGGCCUCUCGCCUGGAGCAGGAGAAGGAGGUGUGCCUGAGCCAGCUGGACGCACAGCAGCGAGAGCAGAGGCAGCGGGAGCGGGAGCUGGGCCGCCUGAGGCAGCAGCUGGAGAGCACAGCCUCCGCACUGGAGCACAGCAACCAGAGGGCCUGUGGCCUGGAAGCCGAGCACAGACGAGUGUGUCAAGAGGUGUCCCAACUGAAAGAGGACUGUGCUGAGCUACGGGAGCUGGAGGAGGAGAGCAGGCAGUUGAAUGCACAGGUCGGAGACAUGAGGACUCAACUGAGCACGCUGAGUCAGGAAUUGGCCAAAGAGAAGAUGCUGUCACAGGAGCUGGCCAAUCAGCUAGCGAGUGAGACAAUGCAGUCCCAGGAUAUUGUCUGUCAGCUGGCCACUGAGAAGCUAAAUUCCCAGGAACUGGACAGUCAGUUGGCCAAUGAGAAAAUGCAGGUAAAGGAGCUGGUCAGACAGCUGGCAGAGAUGCAUGAGAGGCAUAAGAGACUGGAGGCCCAGUGCAAGUUGUCAUCUUUCUCCGCUGAGGACACGGGUGUCCAGAAAGGAGGAUCUGGCGGUGACACCUCGCAGAUUUUGCCAGGAGCCGCCUCCAAGGAAGCCCAUGACCAAGACACCAGAACAGAUGGGGAAACAGACCCGGAAUGGGAUCCUCAGAAACAGAGAGAAUAUGUGUCACUCCCUAAGGCUCUGCAGGCAGUUGAGCAUCAGCUCUUGGGGAGCCAAGACAAGGCCGCUGACGUUGCUGUCACAACUGACACCCUAGAGACCAAGGAGCCGCUGGGCAAGCGAUUGAUCGAGGUGGAGAGGCAGAAUGCAGUCCUGCACACUGAGAAGGCCGUGCUGUUAUCCCAGCUGUCGCAGUCGCAGUCCACCUGUGCACAACUGCAGGAGCAGCUGGAUGGCGUGCGGCGACAGGCCAUUGUCCUGCAGGAAAACUGCACAAACCUGCAGGUUUUCAGCACGAAGCUGCAGACGGAGCAGGCGUCACUGAGCUCCCAGCAUGCAUCGCUCUGGUCCCGCUGCAGUGAGAGCGAGGCCCGUGUUGCCACCCUGGAGGCGGAGGCCAGGGUCUGGGCGAAGGACCGGGAGGAAGUGAUGCUGCGUGGCGAUGGCCUGAGGCGCGACCACGAGCGCCUGACCGCCCUGCAGCAGCGGCAGGAAGCCGAACUGGAGGCCUUGCUCUCCAAGCACAGCCAGCUGAAGGGCAGCAUGCGGAACCUUGAGGCUCAGCACCGGGAGCUGGAAGGACGGUACAAGGAGCUGCUGGACCGCAAGACCCUUCUGGAAGAGAGAGAGGAGGUCAUACGGGCGGAAAGAGAGAAGAUGGAAAAAGAGAGACAGGCACAGGCCGAGAGGGUGAAAGAGACAGAGAGGCUGAGAGAAGAGAAUGAGAGGCUGCACAGCCAACAAAAGGAGUCUGCGCAGGUGCAGUCAGAGCUGCUGUCCCAGGGCUCGGUCCUGCGGGGGGAGCUCAGUGCCGCGCAGCUGGAGCGGACCCGGCUGGAAGGAGAGCUCAGCCUGCUGAGGGAACAGAACCAGCAGUUGGACCUGGACAACGCCCGCCUCACCAGCCAGUACCAGCUGCUGACCCAACUGAAGGGAAACCUGGAGGAAGAGACCCGGCAUCUGGUGGAGCAGAACCAGAAUCUGGCCCGGGAAAAUCGAGCGUUACUGGAGCGGAGUCUGGAGAGUCGGGACCAGCACCACCAGCAGCAUAGGGAAUUUACCGACAAGUUGAACGAGUUGCGCCGAGAAAAACAAAAGCUGGUGGAGAAGAUAAUGGAUCAGUACCGAGUCCUGGAACCCUCUCUGCCUGUGCCCAGCAAAGCCAAGAAGAGCAACUGGAUAGCAGACAGGAUGAAGAAGCUUAUUAAACCUCGUUAUGUGAAGGAGGGCAGAGAAGGCAGAGCUCAGUUCAUUGCUGCUGGGAGUAUGGAGAACUUGAACGAGAUCAGUGAAUGUUUACCAACAUCAGUCCAAGUACCUGCUGUGAACCCCACGAGUGCCCCUGACUCCCCCAUGAUUCUGCGGGGGGCUCCUGGUGAGGUCCAUGAUCAGCCACGGGGAGUCGCUCGCUCAGCUCGCCGUAAGCUGGGCUCACGGCACGGCUGGGGCCUGGGCAGGGGUGUCUCACAGUCCUUCAGCCCCGGGGACCAGCAUAUGCCCCUGCGUGAGCGCUUCCGCUCUCACGGCACAACCUCCAUCAUGUGGGAGGGUGGCAGCUCUACACCCAGUCAGGAGAGCCUGAGCGAGGACGGGAAAGCUGAAAGUGAGGAGAGUCUGACAGCCGAAGACGGUCUGACGGCCGAGCAGAACUCAGACACCCCCUGCAUGUCUUCUGGAGCUGAAGAUGGCCACUCCAGUGAUGAUAAACUCGAUGUGAAAAAAUCCACGUGACGACAGUUCCAACCGCGCCACCUUUCUAACUAGUAUUAUGAACACUUUGGAUGAACAGAUCCAGUUUAGACUUCUUUGUAUGCACUGAAUGCUUGAAACAUUUAUAUGUCAAAUUUGUAUUUUAAAAUGAAGGAACUUAAAUAUAUAAAUUAAAAAUCAUUUACGAAAGAU